UAUAUUUAACUUAGAAUUUUCUAUUGAUAUAAUAUAAUUUUAAUUGAUUACUUUGACUCUUGAGCUCCCAUUCAAAAAAAAAUAAAUUUAUGGUAGUUUUGGAGGUAAUUUCUUAAGAUUCAUCGAGCUUUAGAUUGGUUUCGAAUCACGUCAAAAAUAAUGUUAAAAGAAAAAUCACCAAUAUUACAUCUUUCAAUCCAAAAAACACCUGUACCAUAUGGUAUUUUUCUUGUUACAUUAUGGAUCAAUCAAGAAUCUCAGUCAAUUGAUAUAAAUUAUGUUAAUGAUCUCUACAUUAAUGAAGACAAUAAGGAAGAGGGUUUAUCUUUUCAAAAAUGUAUGGAUGAUUGCUAUAUAUAUGGAACAAUUCCUAUUUUAAAGGAACUUUUAAGAUAUUUGAAGGAACCUCUAAAAAAUGAGGAAAGUAUUGUUAAAUGGGCAGAAUAUUCUAUGGAAAAGAUUAAUAUAUUAACUUUUAAUGAUAUGGAUUCUGUUUUUUUGUAUUUGAAUGAUUUCUUGUUGGAAAAAAAGGCAUUGAUAGAUGAUCGAAUAACGUUGGCAGAUUGGAUUGUAUGGGGUGCUUUACGAGGAAAUGUUUAUGCUCAAGGGAUUAUUAAGAAAAAUAUAUAUCCAUGUCUUAAUAGAUGGUAUCGGAUGGUUGAAUCGGAUACAUUUGUUUCUCGAGCAGUUCAAUUGUUGUUGAAAGAAAUAACUAGUAGAAAAUCUCGUUCAAAAGGAAAAAACCCUACUGCGAAUUAUGAUAUUGGACUUCAAGACGCAAUUGAAGGAAAAGUCGUUACACGAUUUCCUCCAGAACCGAGUGGAUAUAUGCAUAUUGGACAUGCAAAAGCUGCAAUUCUUAAUGAAUACUUUGCUAAAAAAUAUAAAGGAAAACUUAUUGUACGUUUUGAUGAUACGAAUCCGAGUAAAGAAAAGGGGGAAUUUCAAGAAGCAAUAUUAAAAGAUCUUGACUCACUAGGAAUCAAAGCAGACCAAGUAUCGUUUUCAUCUGAUUAUUUUGAUAAAACAUAUGAUUUUUGUGUGCAAAUGAUUAAAGAUGGGAAUGCAUAUGCAGAUGAUACUGAUAAAGAAACAAUGCGUGCAGAAAGAAUGCAAGGUAUAGAAAGCAAAAGACGGCAGAGAAGUAUAGAAGAAAAUCUAGAAAUAUUUUCUCAAAUGAGAAAAGCUACUGAAAUAGGGCUAUUAAAUUGUAUUCGUGCAAAAAUAUCUGUGAAUAGCCUAAAUAAAGCUUUAAGAGAUCCUGUUAUUUAUCGAUGUAAUACAACCCCUCAUCACAAGACUGGAACUAUUUGGAAAGUUUAUCCAACAUAUGACUUUUGUUGUCCUAUUGUCGAUAGUAUUGAAGGUGUAACCCAUGCUUUAAGAACAAAUGAGUAUAAGGAUAGAAAUGCUCAAUAUCAAUGGAUGAUUAAAACUCUUAAUCUUCGAAAAGUUCAUAUAUGGGAGUUUAGUAGGAUUAAUUUUGUCCGUACAUUGCUUAGUAAAAGGAAGUUACAGCAGUUUGUGGAUGAUAAGAGAGUUUCGGGAUGGGAUGAUCCAAGAAUGCCAACAAUUCUUGGAAUUAGACGUAGAGGAAUGACAAUUGAUGCUCUGAAACAAUUUAUAAUUUCUCAAGGACCAUCAAAAAAUGUUCUUAAUUUAGAUUGGUCAAGUAUUUGGGCUAUUAAUAAAAAAAUAAUUGAUCCUAUUGCGCCUCGUUAUACAGCUAUAAAUUCAGAUAAUCUUGUAAAAGUUUUCAUAAUUAAUGGACCAAGCACUGUACAUAUAGAAGAAAGACCUAAACACAAAAAAAAUCCUCAAGUUGGUAUGAAAAAAGUAGCGUUCUAUAAAAAUAUCAUACUUGAUCAAGAAGAUGCGUUAACAUUUAAAGAUAAUGAAGAGAUUACACUCAUGGAUUGGGGAAAUGCUAUUAUAAAAAAAAUAAUUAAAAAUGAUUUUGGUAUUAUUGAUUCAAUAGAGAUGGAACUCCAUUUAGAAGGUGAUUUUAAGGCAACAGAAAAAAAAAUUACAUGGCUAGCUGAUCUUCCUAAUCUUAUCGAUGUUCAAUCUGUUGAUUUUGAUUAUUUAAUUUUGAAAGAUAAAUUAGAAGAAGGAGACCGUCUUGAAGAUUUUUUAACUCCUUGUACUGAGUUUCAUUCAAAAAUAAAAGUUGAUGAAAAUUUUUUAAAUCUUUCUAAAUCAGAUAUUAUUCAAUUGGAAAGAAAGGGUUAUUUUAUAUGCGAUCAGCCUUGCAAUAAUGAAGGAAAGGGCCUUGUUCUAUUUAAAGUUCCUGAUGGAAAAGUUAUUAAUAAAUAUGGCGUCAAAAAAAUAGAAAGUUAAGGUUUCAUU